UCUGUACCCUUGAGGCCUGUGCAGAGAGUAAGUCUAUCUGCACCUGCCUUGCCAGGACACUAUCGGAACGGAUCGAAUGACACUGUGUGCCGAUACGCGUCCAGAACUUCGGAUGGUGGAGGAGCACCGGCACCAGCACCAGCACCUACAGGUGUCCGUAAGGUAUUACAGUAUUACAAUAGGCGAAGAGGCGCAUUCAAACAACGGGCCAUACCUACGUUCCAGGGUCCAAGAGGCUCCCCACCCGAGAGACCAAACAGCCGCCAGCUGAAGUCGCAUCAAAGGCGCAGACGCAGAACAUCUCUGGCCCAGCGCUGCGAUAUUCGCAGUUCUUCUUGUCUAUCUGUUAUAGCCUAAACUAUCGACAUUUCAUCCUUGCUUUUUCGACGCUCCGUCUUCCUCGCCGCCGCCGCCGCCGCCGCCACCCGAUCACGACGACAACGCUCGUCCAUCGUCAGCGAUCAUCGCCACGUCUAUUCCGAGUUUAUUAUCCCGCUAUCGGACAGUUGCAGGCCCAAACCGAACACACCUUCUUGCUUGCUUUUCUUUCGGCCGCCGACGCCCGGCGAGCCUGCUCUCGGCAACAAUGUGGCGUUUCUUUCGACCUCGUGGAGGGGCCGCAAGCGCGACCACCCUCGCUGCUCGGAUGAUUGCGCCGAGGGUCGCCAACCAGCAGUCCAUCAUCGUGCAAAGGGUCAAAAUAUCCAAACCCAUGUUUAGAGCCAGGACCUUUCUCCUCGGCGCCGGCAUUUCGCUUGCCUGCUGGCACAUUUACUGGUCGACCGUCCUGAACCCAUUUUUCCGACAUGUAGACCGCGAGUACGAAAACCUCUCAGUGGCGGAAAAGAAGGCACUGGAUGAAGAGAUGGAAGAAGAGACGGAGCCGUGGUUCAUCCCCUUCCCCUUCACGACCAAGUCCGUGUCCCAGCCAUCGUACAAACCCACCGACCCGGAGUGGGCACGCUUUGUGCAGCUUAGCAAGGACAAGGAAGGCCAGAAGCAAAUACGAGCUCAUCUGUCCGAACUUGUCAGGGCCGUAGUCGAAAGAGACCCGGGUAUCGCAGCCAGGUGCGGAAACUCAGUCAAGCUCAGGAGAUACUGGCUCGAUAUCGAUUUUCCUUCACGCCCCCCGCCAGUCUUCGUCUCUUCUGGGCUGUUGUUGCAGGACGGUGGACUAUACUGGUCCACUCAGGAGGUCGACUCUUUUGCCGUCUGGCGCCUGAAGAAGGUUCUCUGGCCAGAGGCUAUGGCCCUCUCGACAUGGGCAUUUACAUCCACAUUGGUCAAGCAACACUUGACGGAGUUCUCCCGAGCCCUUGGGUUCGCGUCUAGCACUCCCGCACACUCGUUUCCGCCAGUUCAGGGUGGCAACAUGCAACAGAAAGCUGAAGGGCCUCUGCCGUCUGCCAACAGACAGACUCCGGAUGGUACACCGGCGGAGAACGCCUCUCACAGCGUCAGCAAGACGGCGGACUCUCGACAGGAGGACGGGCUGCAGAGCGGCGGCAGGACCAACUUUGUCAGGGAUACGGCCAUGGCCCAUGUAGAGGGCAUGAAGCAGAUCACGCAGGGGCCGGUGAGGGAGUUCUUGAGGAAGUUGCAACAAACUUGGCGCCAGCCGAGACAAUACCCACCGCGUGGGUGCGUCAUGGUUUCUGGGUUCGUCGAGUGCGAUCUGCCCAAAGCCAUGGUGUUGAUUGACGUCUGGGGUUUCUGGGACCCCAGGACGAAGUCAUUCCAUCCCGGCUCGACAAUUCUGAACCUGAGGAGAAUCCAGCUAAAGCGACAACCCGCUGCACGGAAGUAAUGGGGCUUGAUGAUGGGCCCUCUGGGGGAUUGGAAAAAGUGGGAAACGAAAAUGGUCUUUGCAUAAUAGUGGCGUUGGGGCAGUGGUGAGUGUCUAUCUGCCUUUGGGUUUCUUUUUGGCAUUGGUUGGCGAUUCGAUCUCACCGACUGCACGCGCAUUGGGCUGGGAGUUUAGCGGCGGCCUCCGUGGCUGCGAUCAAACGAAGCAUUCUAUUCAUUGAUAGAGUGAGCGUUACUUUGUUCUUCAUCAAGAUACCAUAGAUGAGCUCGGAAAUUUUCGAGUCUGAGAUAGCGCGGCAAAGAGAUGCCAAAUUCUUCCUCUCGAUUGCGAUCUGGAGCCUCUUGGGCAUGUAGGAACGCCAAAUUGGCGAAGCAUGCGCCUGUUUUUGC